UGUCUAGCUCGUCUCGUCCUCGUCACCUUGUCUCUGUCUGUUCCCUCUUCUCUUCUCCAUCACUCAUCCUGUCGACAAUUUAGAAUUUAGACAAUAGUUUUGGCUUGGCUUUUUAGUUACAAUACAAAUUUUCGAAUUGUUUUGUGUGAUCAAUUUAUAUUUCGUUAUUGUAGGAUAUUAUUAUGGCGUUUAUACUUCCAGAUAAUAUCCUAGAGACUUUACUUUGCAGUUUUUGUCAUAAAUACUUAUCUGUGAAACCCACAAAAGUUUAUCCCAACAGGCUUAUACAAUGUGGAAGAUGUGUUGAUAAAAAGGAACAGGAACAAUCUAUCCAUGAUUUCGAAGCAGUAGAAUCACAGUAUGGAAAAAUUGCUGAAAACAUUUUAUUUAAAUGUGUCAACAGAUUUGAUGGUUGUCGAGAAUUGUUAACAUACUCUCAAGUUAAGGAUCAUGAACAGGUGUGCUUGGAAAAAAUUCACGAAUGUCCAAUUUGUGGUGAAGAAAUGGCGAGUUUUUUUCUGCUUCGACACUUUGAUUCCAACCAUAAGGAUGCUAUAUUAGAUUGUCCCGCGUUUGUUUUCAAGUUAAAUGAUCUUUUAGAAAUGCCUAGUGUUUAUAUCUAUCAAGAAGAAGAUAAUUUGUUUUUUCUGUAUAUUAGCUAUACUAAGUCGGAAAAUACAAUAAAAUUAUAUUUGGUUUAUAUUGGGAGCUAUGAACUCGCUAAAAAUAUAUACCAUCAAUUUACUGUAAGUAGUGAAAACAAAGAAUUUGAUGUUGUAUUGGACCCAAGACUAUGUACUGAUGAUUUUUUUGUUGUGGAUAUAUCACAUAUGUCAAAUUUGAUACAAAUUAAAUUUAAACUAAUCGACCGUAAUCUCAAAGUUUUGACGGCACCUGAAAUUAGUAAUGCUGUGAGGAAACCUGUAGUCACAAACGCUCCACUUCAGAAUCAAAUUCAACACCCAACAAAAUUUAAUCUAACAUGUUAUUAUUGCAAAGCGUGUUGCAUUUUUUCAUUGUCUUCAUGUCGAGUUAAGUACUACUAUCAUGACAAAGAAUAUAAUUAUGUAUGUUACUAUUGUAAUCAGUUUUUCGUGAAAGCUGAUGAAAUUGAUGGAAUAGAUAUUCCCUCUGACAUAUCUGGGAUAAUGGAUUUUUUCCAAUGGGAGUGUCGUAAUUGUUGUGGUGAGAUUUAUUUUUCUAGUAUGCAAUCACAUGAAAUAAACUGUAAACUAGGUAGACAAUUUGUUUGCCCUAUAAAGAAUUGUUGUGAAAAAGGGAUUGCUAACCAAAUGAUCAAACAUUUGAACGAAGGGCAUAAGUGUAGGGCAUAUGGGCCUCACUUUAGACUUUCUAAAUCUUUUUCAAGUUGUUACGUAUUUGCAAAGGAGUAUAUUGUAUUUUUAAGUGUAACUAAUACAUUAGAUUUGCCAUCAAGUCUUGACCAUGAAUCUAUUCGCUUGGAACUAUUAACAAAAACUGACGAUGAUGGUAAAAUUCCACGCGCUUUGUUUUUUAAUAGCAAGAACGAAAUUUUAACGGAUUAUUCCAACAUUCUAUCUUGCAAUUUAGUAUUUGUAAAAGUUUUUGUAUACUAAUUAUAAAAUACUGUUUAUAGGGGAGUCAAUAGAAAUUUUGACUUCGGAAAAAAUCAAACAAGAUAGAACUUUUUGUAAUUCGAUUAAGAAAUGUUUAAUAAACAACAUAUCAAAAAAUUCUACUCCAGAAGUGGGUGCUUCAUUUUUUAUUAAACAAAUGAACUGCGAAA